CAGACAAUAUCAGUUUUAAUUUUUCCAAUGUAUUCCUAAAUAAGAGUGCGUAUUUGGGGACAUAAUUGAAACCAAGCCUAGUGGCAAGAAAAUACCAGCGAGAAAAGGACCGAUCGUAAUAAAAAUGAUAAAUUACAUUGUGCGUAAUUUCCCGCGUCACAUUGCAACAUUCCCCUUCCAAUGACCGAUAAAGAAAGUAUAGUAGGAGCAGGGGGAAUGACCGGUCGGGUAGUACUAUCCGGAUUCUUUGGAACGUCCCUAACCUUAACUCAAACCCUUACCAUUUUAUAUUUAUACUUCAGUGGCAUAGGGACGUUCCAAGGAUCCCAGAUAGCACUGAUCGUGCUGGGAGAGAGGCCCUGCUGCACUAUUUGAAAGGAGAAGACGGAUUGGAGCUGGAGCAAUGAGUGACGUUAUCUGGUGGAAAGAGGGAGGGCGAAAAAAACACGGCUGGACUCCAUUAGCUGAAGCCUGAGGAGACCCUUUGGGAUACUUCACUUGGACGAGUUCUUUGGGAUUUUCUCUUUGAACAGACCUAGAUACAUGAUUUAGAAGAAAAAAACGUGUUGACUAUCUAAACCUCGGAAGUUUUAGUGGCUUUUUGGAUUUGGCUUGGUGAAUUUGAGAAGGAUGGCGCUGGACGGUAUACGGAUGCCCGAUGGCUGCUAUGCCGACGGGACGUGGGAACUGAAGAUGCACGUGACAGACCUCCACAGGGAUGUGUCUUUGAGGGUCACUGGUGAGAUCCACGUUGGUGGGGUCAUGCUCAAACUCGCGGAGAAACUCGAUGUGAAGAAGGACUGGUCGGACCAUGCCCUGUGGUGGGAGAAGAAGAAGACGUGGCUGCUGAAAACCCACUGGACCCUGGACAAGUAUGGUAUACAGGCAGACGCCCGGCUCCUCUUCACCCCCCAGCACAAGCUGCUGCGCCUGCAGCUGCCCAACAUGAAGCACAUGAAGGUCAAGGUCAACUUCUCUGACCGCGUCUUCAAGGCCGUGUCCGACAUCUGCAAGACUUUCAAUAUCCGUCAUCCAGAGGAGGCAUCUCUACUGCGUAAACCCCGCGACCCCAAGAAGAAGAAGAAAAAGCUGGAAGAGGCUGAGGAGGAGGCUCUGGAGCUGGAGGGGCCACUACUCACCCCUGGAUCAGGUACCUCUGAGAUAAUUUACAUUGGGCCGGUCAAAGGAAGCAUCUACUCCAGUCCCGGCCUGUACAGUAAGACCAUGACCCCCACUUAUGACUCCAGAGACGGAAGCCCCCUAUCCCCCACUACCGCCUGGUUUGGAGACAGCCCCCUGUCCGAGGGCAAUCCCAGCAUCCUCGCUGUCAGCCAGCCAAUCUCCUCGCCCGAUAUCCUGGCCAAGCUCUACAAGCCCCAAUCCCUCCUGGACAAGGCCAAGAUCAACCAGGGCUGGAUGGACUCAUCCAGGUCUCUGAUGGAGCAGGAUGUCAAGGAGAAUGAGGUGCUCCUCCUGCGGUUUAAAUACCACAGCUUCUUCGACCUCAACCCCAAGUAUGAUGCCAUCCGGGUGAACCAGCUCUAUGAGCAGGCCAAGUGGGCCAUCCUGCUGGAGGAAAUAGAGUGCACCGAGGAGGAGAUGAUGAUGUUUGCUGCCCUGCAGUACCACAUCAACAAGCUGUCCAUCAUGUCGUCAGACAACCACAUGAACAACAGUGAGAAGGAGGUGGACGAGGUGGACGCUGCCCUGUCAGACCUGGAGAUCACCCUGGAGGGAGGCAAGACCUCCAACACCCUGGGUGAUAUCACAUCCAUUCCUGAACUGGCUGACUACGUCAAAGUCUUCAAGCCAAAGAAACUGACACUGAAAGGCUACAAGCAGUACUGGUGCACGUUCAAGGACAUCACAAUUUCCUGCUACAAGAGCAAGGAGGAGGCUCAUGGGACACCCUCUCUCCAAAUGAAUCUAAGAGGUUGCGAGGUGACACCAGAUGUCAACAUCUCCGCUCAGAAAUUUAACAUCAAGUUGCUUAUCCCGGUAGCUGACGGCAUGAACGAGAUCUGGCUGCGGUGUGACGCUGAGAAGCAGUAUGCUCACUGGAUGGCAGCGUGCCGCCUAGCCUCUAAGGGAAAGACAAUGGCAGACAGCUCCUACAAUCUGGAGGUCCACAACAUUCUGUCCUUCCUCAAGAUGCAGCACAUGAACCCUGACCCCCAGUUCAUUGCGGAGCCAGCCGUCACCAACGACAUCAACUCUGAGUGCCUGGUGUCUCCGCGCUACCUGAAGAAGUACAAGAACAAGCAGCCAGGCUAUAUCAGGGACCUGAUUUCGGCCCGGAUCCUGGAGGCACACCAGAACGUGGCCCAGAUGAGUCUGAUCGAGGCCAAGAUGCGCUUCAUCCAGGCGUGGCAGUCCCUGCCCGAGUUUGGCAUCACUCACUUCCUGGCCAAAUUCCAGGGCGGGAAGCGGGAUGAGCUGAUCGGCAUCACCUACAACCGUUUGAUCCGGAUGGACGCCAACACCGGAGACGCCAUCAAGACUUGGAGGUUCGCCAACAUGAAGCAGUGGAACGUCAACUGGGAGAUCAAGAUGGUGACGGUGGAGUUUGCAGAUGAGCCCAGCCUGGCCUUCAUCUGUGCGGAGGUGGACUGUAAGGUGGUACAUGAGUUCAUCGGAGGCUACAUCUUCUUGUCCACGCGCGCCAAGGACCAGAACGAGUCUCUGGAUGAGGAGAUGUUCUACAAGCUGACCAGCGGCUGGGUCUGAGUCUGACUACCCUGUGCCAGGGGUCAGAGGUCAAGAGGGGAGGGAGGGUGGGGACUAGAUCUUAUGAGUUUAUUUUAUUUGUUAUAUAUUUUUGAUGGUUUUAUUUUGGAACUGUGCUAAAGAGGCCCACACGGCCGCCCACUAUCGUUAUUGCUGUUAAGAAGCUGACACCCUUUAUUUUUUGUUGUGUUAAUGCUAACAAAGGUAUUUGUAAACACUAAUAUUUUGCGCAAUGCUGCAGCCCAGAUGAUCUCUGAACUCCAAACCCUGCCUGUGGCUCCCCCAUCCCUCUCCAAUGCACAGGGGACAUCGUCUACUUCCUCAAGCAGUGAUCACAAAGCUACGUCCAUGAGAAAGUAUCACAUGUCAGGAGGCCUCUCUCUCACAAAGACUCUUUCUAAAUCCCCCCCCCCCCACUCCGACUCACCUGAAGGAACUGAUCAAAUUGGCCCGUCAGCUACUCCACUACGUCGUCAUCGUAAUCCGACCAGACCACAAAAUCAUGUAUCAGUGUUAAUGAAGAAUCACAUAAUUUAUUUAUCCCUGUUUUGUUUUCCUGUUUUAAUUUAGCAUUUUAGUAAGAUGUGGCGCUCUACUUAGUUUUUGAAGUGGCCUGUGGUUUGCCUCACAUGCUACUCCUGUGAUAUGAUACUUUGUCUAAUUUAUGCUGCGGAGUGCCACUUCACUCUCACGUAUUGUAUAAAUAUAGGCAGUAGCAAUCACCACAGUAAGAGUAUCGGCGAAACGGCGACACACUUUUACUUCCUCGGCAGAGACAGGAAGUGAUAUGGGGUAAUUUCCUUCCGUCAUUAAUGAAAGGCUGAGGAACGCAUAGCUCAUGGAGAGACUUGGGCACUGUGUCCUCUCCACCCAAUGAAGGAUUUUCACUUGAUCUAACUAGUCCAUAUGAAGUCACGUGUAAGCACUUCUCCAGUGUACAUAUGAUCCCUGAAUAAGCUGUAGUAGUUAAAUUAAUUUGUUUUGUUUUUUUACAGUGUUUUCUUUGUCUGAGCAUACCUCCAGUGGCAGUUUCCUCUCCCCUGUGUUCAGUAGUGUGCUUUAAGAGUUGAAACAAGCCUUGGUGCACACCUACAGUAGUGCUUUCCUGUUGUCUGCAUUAGUUAGUGUGUCAGCAAAACAGGUUCUGAAUAUUCACAGAGCUCAACCAGGGUGAAUGUCCUACAAUGUGUUCUGUAAACACCUGAAUAACCAUGCCUAGUUCUUACAGCUAAAAUAUGUCAGUGUGGUGCUUGAUCAUCUAGAAGGGGUCACUGAAGGAUACUCUGUUUGAGAAGUUAUUUUUAUGGUUAUCUUGUUGACAAGUUCUGAGGUAAUUACUAAAAAUGCGAAUGAGUAUGUUAUUGUCAUGGAACAUGUGGUGCCAUGAAGGCUUGUUGGCCAAAUGAUGUGGCUCAGGUACAUGCUGCUAGCCACAUAGGGUUGUCAGAUGCCCACAGCAUGUAGGAAAGGCCUCAGCUCUGCCUUGAGACUCAUACCCUUGCCAUUGCAUUGUGCAUGUAUAGUACAGCUGGAGAGAUAUUACCAAUAAUAACAGCGUUCCCAAGUGCAGCAGCCUCUUUACGUUAUCGCCAUUCAUUAUCUUACACCGUAUAGUAUUAUUAUUAUUCAGUACCAUUUUCAUUGUUACGCACCAGCAAUAGGUCACCAAGUUUGAAGAAUGAAUUAUGCAAAGUCCGGGUUUCUUUUUUCCUCGGUAUGAAGGAACAUUAAAUGAAGUAUUCGUUUUUUGUAACUUAUGUAAAAACACAGGUUGAAUUGAAUUGUACAGUUGUUCUUUUGUUGCUGCUUUUAUUCUUGUUUUUUUUUGGAAGUGUAUUUUUGUUUCCAGAUAAGAGGGGAGCCAUUGGUCAACAUUGUGUAGUAUGAAGAUUUGUGCCUGCCAAUGUUACGGUCUCAUUGAGUUUUUAACAUGAUCUAUAUAUGAAGAUAACACUAGUCUCAAACUCCAGGUUGGUAGAAAGUUCAUGAAGAUUUGUCUCACACUACAUAUUAUUAUUAUUACUCAGAAACAUUGAUAAAAGGGCUUUUCAAUGUACUUUUUUCUUGUUGCCUCCUAUAAUCAGAAUUACAUUGCUAAUUUCUGUUCUUGCCUUUUUUUGGAACUGAAUUUGCGCUCUAGCUCUGUAAAAUUUCACCAAUGACACCUCCCUAUGCUAUCAAACUCUUACUCUGUUCAGUGCCUUUAAAAAAUAUAUAUCACUUAAUUUUCAGAUUUGAUCACCAUUGUAGCUUUUCUUUGAACAAUGUUUUUGGUAUGAAGGAGACCCUUUUAGUUGAGAUAGAACCUAGUGUUUGAGACAAACGAGCAUAAAUGAACUGAAGAGAAGGAAGCUUAGCCUAUUUUUUUCCUACUAUAACGUUGUUUUUUGUUUGCCUCCAAUGUCCAGAGCAGCAGUGCAUGGCCUGCUGUUUUCAGACUGCAAAGAAAUGCAUUUAUUUUAAAAAAUAAAAAUACUUUUUAUUUAA